AUGUCCAAAUCUACCACCAACAACCAUGCUGCGCACCAGUCGGACCACGAGGAAGAGGUCCUAGACGUCCUAGACCUUCCGCAGAUUUACACCAAGCCCUCAUCACAGCAACUACUAGACACCUUGGCCCUUCUCAGCCUAGAGCCUCAAUCAUGGGAUAAGUCUACCGCCCAACCGAAGCCAAAAGUGAGCUCGAAUGGCGUUCCCCAGUAUCUCACACGAAUCGUCUCGAGCCCGCUGGACUGGAUCAAAGACGACGUAGAGAAAGAGAAGAUUUGGGAUAUUGCUUCAUUACGCUUGAGCGAGCGUUCUGGUCGUACCGGAAUGGGAGAUAUCACACGUUCGUUUCGUAUACCUCUAUCAGCCGACACUACCAACAGCUCGAGCACUAUGAAGCCGGUCAUCACUAGUUCGAAUGACCAGGAUAUCACCGUCCAAGUCAGCAUCCACGAGCCUGCUCUUACCGAGGAUAACCUUGGUCUCAAGACGUGGGCCUCGUCAUUCGUCUUUGCUCGAAACUGGCAUACCCUACGCGAUCGCAUUCCUUUGGUGUUUGGCAAGGACGAGAAUGCGACAAUCCUGGAAUUAGGUGCGGGCACAGGUCUUGUUGGCAUUGCUGCCGCAGCUGUGUUGGGUGCGAAUGUGCUUUUGACCGACUUACCCGAGAUUGUACCAAACCUUGAGCGAAACAUCGCCUCGAACAAAGAGAUGAUCGAGUCGAGAAAAGGAUCCGCCCGGGCUGCAAUACUUGACUGGACUGUGCCGGAGAAGAUCAUAUACCCCGACGAAACCCAUGGAUCAACACGUUCGCUUGCCGCUGAAGAACAAAGCUCAAAAUACCCUCUAAUUGUCGCUGCCGACCCUAUCUACUCAAAAGAGCAUCCCGCAUGGCUGGUUCAGACUAUCGACUGUCACCUUGCCCAGAGCCCUGAUGCUCGUGUAUUGAUCCAAAUACCGAUCCGCGAGGCUUAUGCCGAAGAGCGUGCAGAUCUCAAAGAUCGCAUGGUCAAGAUUGGUUUGGAACUAUUCCACGAGCAGACAGAAACAGGCUACGACGAUUGGAGCGAUGGACGAGGCGACGAGUUGAGUGAAGUUGAGUGCUGGCUGGGUAUGUGGAAAUGGAAGGACGCAUAG